UACAAAAGAUAACAAAAACGAGCAGACGAUAAGUUGAUAAUACAGUGCAGAAAUUAGAAAGAAAAAAGAAAAAGAAGAGGGAGCUUUGUUCACUGAUUCCUUCAAUUCAAUGGCGCCAGCUGCAGUGCCGUUGAAUAUUAAAUGGUUGCCGCUGAAUUCGAAGCUCAAAGCCAAGAGCCAACUCCAAACAAGCAGCAGGAACAUUGAGUUUGAGAGGGUUCAGCUUCCGGAGAAGACCCGCAACUCGACAGUCUUGGUUCUUGGCGGAACAGGUAGGGUCGGUGGAUCCACCGCCAUUGCUCUCUCCAACCUUUGCCCCGAUCUCCGCAUCCUCGUCGCUGGCAGAAACAGAGAGAAAGGUGAAGCUUUGGUUGCAAAACUCGGGGGCAAUUCUGGUUUUUCUCAGGUUGAUCUCAAUGAUCAAGAUUCACUCCAAACUGCUCUGCAAGAUGUGGAUCUUGUAGUUCAUACGGCGGGGCCAUUCCAACAAGCAGAAAAAUGCAGUGUGCUUGAAGCUGCCAUAAACACUAAGACUGCAUAUGUUGAUGUUUGCGAUGACACAAGCUAUGCAGCGCGUGCAAAGUCCUUUAUGAGCAGAGCGUUAGCUGCGAAUGUUCCAGCUAUAACAACAGGAGGAAUAUACCCUGGAGUGAGCAAUGGUGCUUACUGCUAAGUGCUAAUUGCUUAUUUAUAUGCUGUAUUCUUGUGUUGGCAAGAAUAACUUUUCAAAUAAUCCAUAUUUACAAUAAUGUUAAUUUACACCUUGGUCAAAGAUUCUAGUGGAAAAAAGACAUUAAUCAUCA